AUGGUCCCCCUCACAAGUCUCCUGUUUUGCACGGCGGGUCUCGUCCGUCUUGCAACGGCACAGGCAGAUCCACCCGUCACCACGGAUAACGGCGUUGCAGCAUACACUUUCGACAUCAGUCAAGUCACACUGAAUGACGGUCGUCUCCAUGAGAACCAAAACCGCACCCUGACGUACCUCAAGUUCGUCGACCCCGACCGCAUGCUCUAUGUCUUCCGGAACAAUCAUGGUAUUUCCACCAACGGAGCCUCUGCCAAUGGCGGGUGGGAUGCUCCCGACUUCCCCUUCCGAAGUCACGCCCAAGGCCACCUCUUGUCGGCCUGGUCUCAGUGCUACUCUACAUUGAAGGACACGGAAUGUCGAGAUCGGGCAGUGUCCUUUGUUGCUGAGCUACUCGAGUGUCAGCAGAACAAUGCAGCUGCCGGGUUCAAUACUGGUUACCUCUCUGGCUUUCCAGAGUCCGAUUUCGAUGCUCUCGAGGCUGGGACCCUCUCAAACGGGAAUGUUCCAUACUAUGUUAUCCACAAGAUCAUGCAGGGUCUGCUCGACGUAUGGAGGAACGUUGGAGAUACGACAUCCGAAACGGUUUUGCUUGCCCUCGCCGGCUGGGUAGAUACCCGUACGAGCGCCCUGAGCACAACUCAGAUGCAGGCAGUGCUGCAGACGGAAUUCGGCGGCAUGAACGAUGUCCUCACGGAUAUCUACAGACAAACUGGAGAUACCAAAUGGAUCACAGUCGCCCAGCGCUUUGAUCACGCCGCCGUAUUCGACCCGCUAGCCGCAGACCAGGACCAGCUCAACGGCCUACACGCCAACACGCAGGUGCCCAAAUGGAUCGGCGCGACCCGGGAGUUCAAAGCAACGGGCACGACGCGGUACUAUGACAUUGCGCGCAACGCCUGGGAGUUUGCCGUGAACCAGCACACGUAUGCCAUUGGCGGCAACAGCCAAGCCGAACACUUUCACGCUCCCAAUGAGAUUGCCGCGUGGCUGACCGAGGACACGUGCGAGCACUGCAACUCGGUCAACAUGCUCAAGCUGACGAGGGAGCUCUGGACGCUGAGCCCCGAUGCCGACUAUUUUGAUUUUUACGAGCGCGCCCUCAUCAAUCACGUCCUCGGUGCCCAGAACCAGUACGACUCUCACGGCGGUAUUACCUACUUUACGCCCCUGAUUGCCGGUGGCCAGAGGGGCGUUGGGCCCGCUUGGGGAGGCGGCACAUGGAGUACCGAUUACGACUCGUUUUGGUGCUGCCAGGGUACGGGCUUAGAGGUCAACACCAGACUAAUGGACUCGGUCUAUGCUUACGACACGUCGUCCUUGUACAUUAAUCUGUUCGCCCCGUCGACUCUCGACUGGUCCCAGAAGGGCGUCACCGUCACGCAAGACACCACGUUCCCCGUGUCGGACACGACGACCAUUACAAUCGACGGCGAGAGCACCUUUGACAUUAAGAUCCGCAUUCCGUCCUGGACCUCGGGCGCGACCAUCACAGUCAAUGGCGCGCAGCAGAGCGUCGCCGCGGACCCCGGAUCCUACGCCACGCUCUCGGGUUCCUGGACGUCGGGGACUCAGAUCGUGGUGCAGCUGCCCAUGAGUCUCCGGCUCAUCACGGCCAAUGACGAUACCUCGCUCGCUGCCGUUGCCUAUGGCCCCGUGAUCCUCUCGGGCAACUAUGGCUCCUCGACCGUUUCCUCGGCGCCUACCUUGGCCCUCGACUCGGUGAGCCGCACCAGUACGUCUGGCCUUGAUUUCACGGCUACCGCGAAUGGAUCCAGUGUUGGUCUUGGUCCGUUUUAUGAUGCACAGGGGUUCAAUUAUGUGGUGUACUGGAAGUAUUCGGGAUCGUUUGCAGCGUAG